CGGUCUUUUUGCGCCGCCUGCGUGUCGUGGCGCGGCGCCGUCGUCGCGUGCUCGCUCUCGUCAGUCGAUGCGUCCCCGCCGCCGCGACGCUAUGCCAUGGACCACAAAAGCCAAUGGCACGAGCGUCUCUUCGGCCAACAACUUCUCAAAUGCGAUACAAAUUCGCCGAAAUCUGGCGAUUUCCUGUGCGUCGCGACGCCGGAAGUCCUACAAAACGUUCAAAUAACCGGUGUUUACUUCUCCUUUGCUAAUAUAAGCCAACAAAGCGAUGAAUUUACCAAAAAAUUAAAAGUUUUGUACGAAAGACUCAACCAGGAAAAUUGCGAAGUGAAAAAAUUCGAAGUGGUGCAAGUGGUUUUGUGGGCAAACAAUGACGUGUUUAGUGAUUUUGAAAACAGCCACAGGGACAGUCUUGUGGGACUGCCGUGGUUUGCGGUACCCUUCAGUGAGAUUGAUUUAAAGACACGCCUCUCCCGUCGCUACCGCAUCAAAUCAGGGGUCCCAACCCUCGUCCUCCUGGACCGUGACGGGGGCACCAUCAGCGUGUCAGCCCAGGACCGCCUCCUGGAGGACCCCCUCGGCAGUUCCUUCCCAUGGCGCCCGCGCCCCGUCGACCAGGUCCUCAAAGACGUGGUCUUGCAAAAAGGGGGCACCUUCUCCAAGGAGCACCCCUGCACCAAGCCCGAGUUCCGCUACAGCGACCUUCCCGACGCCGUGCGAGGGUUUUACUUUUCGGCGAACUGGUGCCCCCCUUGUCGGGCCUUCACCCCGCAGUUGGCCGAAGUGUAUCGACUUAUUCGGAAGAAGGAGCCGGGCUUUGAGAUUGUCUUCGUGAGCAGUGACAGAAGCGCCGAGUCAUUUGAGGCUUAUGUGGAAGGCAUGCCCUGGUUGGUGGUGCCAUGGCAACAGGCAGGGGUCAGGGCCGAACUGGCCCAACUGUACGGAAUCAGGGGAAUCCCCACGUUGCUACUUUUGGACCGUAACGGACAUAUUAUCACAAUGGACGCCAGGACCGAACUGGCCGAAGACCCAAUGGCACAGAAUUUUCCAUGGAAACCGCGCGCGGUGAAUAUUUUAACCGAGCGCUUCGCUAAUAAAUUACACGAUUAUCCGGCCAUCGUCUUAUUCGUGGACGGCGAAGAGACCGAACUCCAGUUCGCAGAAUCGGUCCUGUCCCCAGCCGCCGACUCCUACUACAAGAAGCACAACAUCAACUUCAACUCAGCCCCUGAGGACUUCUUCUCCAACUGCGAGGACGACCACUACCUCCAGUUCCUCAUCGGGCUCGACUCCGAAACCAGCGACAUUCUCCGCGACUUGAUCGGUCUCGAUGACGUGGUGCCCCUCCUCGUUGGCAUCGACAUCCCCAACCGACGCUUCGCCGUCAUGGAGUACGGCGUGGAAAUCACCGUCGACUCCGUCAGCGACUUCGUCGAGCGCUUCCAAAAAGGCGAAGUGAAAUUCAUCGAAUUGAACGAACGAGUGGGAGAGGAACAGAGUUAG